CAUGAGCGACAAAAGCGAGUUCACCUUGUAAAAAAAACGAAAAAAAAAAACGAGUUAACCUUAGAUUUCGAAUUCGAAUUCAUCAACUAAGAGGGUGUGUUUUUAAUCCCUCUCUGUUGAUUCCCCAAUCAAACAUUUCAUCUGGGUAUCUUCAAAAUCUUACCUUUUUUUUUCUUACAAGACAUAGGUACUAGAUAUAUAUACAUGGCGGCCAUCGAUAUGUCUGAUAGCAAAGCAGAUUUCUCAGAUCCUUCAAGAGAAGAGCUCAUGAAAGCACUCGAACCUUUUAUGAAAAGUGCUUCUCCUUCUCUCUCUCCUCCUUCCUUCCCACUGCCAAUGUUUCCCCAGCUUUCUUUCCUACCAAACAUGGGAUUCGCUCAAGCGACCCCUCUCGGUCUAAAUCAGCUCACUCCUUUUCAGAUCAUCCAGAUCCAGCACCAACUCAACCAGAGACGCACCUUCGUCUCCAACCUCUCUCCAAAGCCUGUCCCCAUGAAGAACUUCUCUUGCUCUUCUUCGAAAUCGCGGAAGCUUUACCGCGGGGUAAGGCAAAGGCACUGGGGCAAGUGGGUCGCUGAGAUCCGCUUGCCCAAGAACCGAACCCGUCUCUGGCUUGGAACCUUCGAAACCGCCGAGGAAGCCGCCAUGGCUUACGACCAGGCCGCUUACAAGCUCCGAGGCGAGUCCGCUCGGCUUAACUUCCCUCACACCAGACACGACGGCGAUGGUCUUGUCGGUAACUUCAAGCCCCUCCACGCUUCCGUCGAAGCCAAGCUUCAAGCGAUUUGCCAGAGCUUGAGGAAAACAGAGGAGUCGUGCUCUGUUUCGGCUCAGACCGAACUGGUUCAGCCCAAAACAGAGCAGGAGACGGAGUUAUCCGACAAAACCGAACCUGGGUUCCCAAGAUUCGAUGGACACUCGUUGUCUGAUGAGUCUCGGGCUGGAUCUUCGUCUCCGGAGUCGGGGAUUACGUUCCUGGAUUUCUCGGAUUCAGGGAUUGACGAGAUCGGGAAUUUAGGGCUGGAGAAGUUUCCUUCGGUGGAGAUCGAUUGGGAAGCCAUAAGCAAACUUUCCGAACCCUGAGACGCGUUGCAGCAAUUGCCCUUUUGCAGAUCUAUCUCUUUGUCUUCGUUGUCCGUAGUUCGAUGUCUCUGCCACAUAAUUUUUUAAACGGUCGCAGAGCAUUCAUGUCGGUUACGUCCGGGUCCCUUUUCUUUUUUCUUUUAAAGGGUUUUGCGUCGUGUCAUGACAGUAUAACAUAAAAAUGGUCAGUCUCCAAGUUUGGUCCGACUGGUAAAUUUUUAGUCCUUGCCCGGCCAUUGGAGAUAUAUCUCAUGUACCAUGCAUGCAUGAUGUAUUACGUUUUUUUCAAUAAAAAAAAUUAUAAUGAACAUGUAAAUUAUUAGUGAA